GCGCAUCGAGCAUGCAGAAGAUCUCAGCUUUUGAUUGGUGAGGAUGAACCAAGCGAAUGACGACGUAGCCAACUCUACUGUUUCUGUUGACGGGUCCGAGGCAGCUUCAGAGACCGAUGCCUCUACAAUUAAGACGGAAAUCGGGUUAACCCCGGUUGUCGCGUCUGGUGACGCUGAGGAGAACAUUGCCUCGGAAAAUGAGAGUGCACAUGAGAACAACACCAUACACCCCUCCUUAUUUUUUCCCCCACCGCCGCCCUCUGGCACAAUUGCACCAGGUCUGCCAGAUGAAGAAGACGAUUUCGGGGAGUUUGGCGAAUUUCCUUCUACCGUGGGGCAUGGCGUCCACAGCCAGUUUGUUACAGCGGACGCCGUGACACCAGAUGUGGACGACUUUGGUGAUUUUGAAGACUUUGCACACCCUGCAGAAUUUAUGGCGACACCAGAAACCGUACACGGUUCUGGUCCAGUAGAAGCAGAAGUAGACCUUCCUGGUGAUGCCCAGGAGGAACACCGUGUUAGUAGGAUACUGACGGGUGCACUCAGCGGAAUGUCUUUAAAGUCUGGCUCAAACGAGCUGAACGAGCAAUUGGCUUUGGUAUAUCCGAUUCCACCAAGUCCUGAAAUUGCCACGUUCAAUUUGCCCGUUGAAUCAUUUUUUGAAGAAGACGAACGGAAGCCAGAAGGUGGAGACAGUACAAAUAAUGGAAAGACGAUAGCACCACAUUCUGCCUUUCAGAAUGAAGCUUGGUACGCGGUAUGGAAGAAGCUUUCAUCGGACACUGUCUUCACUGAGACGGUGGGCAUAAAGUUUCGCUGGAGAAGGUCCCACAUCCGCAAGGCGUUUUUGGCUACAUGGGAUAUCAACAUCAACGUGGAAGAGCCAUCCGGGGGCCCAUUGAUAUCCGCUCCCGGGCGAGAUAUUUUGGGCCAUGGUACGUCAUCAGGACCAGGCCAAGCUACCUCGAUAGUAAGACAGCAGUCCCAUAACGCGUCGCCUGGAGACAGAGAAAGGAGCAAACUGCCGAAGGACGCUAGAGAAUCCGAGCUGGCGGAAGCACGGAAGCUAUGCGAUAUACCGGAAGAUGAAAUCCGCAAGAAGAGCGUGGAAGAGCUGGCUGACUUAGUCCAACAGUUAACAGUGUAUCACCAGAAAAUGCAAGACCAGGCAAAUUACUGGCUAGAUUCAAAGGAACAGCUCAUUAUGGACGCCGAGAUGCAUAACAAAAUGAUUGCGAGUCUCGUGCAAUACGCUCAGCAGCAGCAGACAGCGCCUAAAGGUCAACGAAGCGUGUCACCGGGGAAGAAGGGUAAAACAUCUGCUAAGCGAUAGCGGCGCAUACAAGAGCGAAAUAGAAUCUUAUAAUACAUGGUCGAUGGUCGGGUUAUGCUUGAGUAGCCUUCUCUAAUGGGAGCCGCAGCAGUUGGAAUAAACCUUGCAUCCUACUUGAAUAUCUACGCCCGCCCAGUAA